GAAGUGCCAGCCAGGCGGGCGCGGCGGGGCUCCUCCACCCGGGGCGGAGAAGGAGCGGCGGCUAGAACCCCCCCGGCUGAGACGCGGGGGGCCGUAGGGGGUGCAGAGUGGCCAGCGUCGCCGCGGAGAUGGCACGGCACGUGCGGUGACGGUGCCCGCGCCCCGAGGGUCCCAGCCUCGCGCCCCGCGGCCCCGGGCCAGCAUGGAGCGCCCGGAGCCCGAGCUCAUCCGGCAGAGCUGGCGGGCGGUGAGUCGCAGCCCGCUGGAGCAUGGCACCGUGCUGUUCGCCAGGCUAUUUGACCUGGAGCCCGACCUGCUGCCCCUCUUCCAGUACAACUGCCGCCAGUUCUCCAGCCCAGAGGACUGCCUGUCCUCCCCCGAGUUCCUGGACCACAUCAGGAAGGUGGUGUCCGCGCUGACCUACGAGGGCCAUCUGCCCAUGACGACCAAGCUGGGGUUCCUCUUAGAGGCUUGUGACUCUCACAGAUUGGGGCAGAAUCCUGCUCAGGAAGCGUGGACCCUGUGCAGGAGAGAAGGGCCAGGCCUCAGUUUUCUCCCCAUGGAAUGGGGCUGUGCCUUCCUGCCUUCAGGAAUGACAAGGUGCCGCUUGCCUCUGCAGACGGUGGGUGAGUCCCUGCUCUACAUGCUGGAGAAGUGCCUGGGCCCUGCGUUCACGCCAGCCAUGCGCGCCGCCUGGAGCCAGCUCUACGGGGCCGUGGUGCAGGCCAUGAGUCGAGGCUGGGAUGGCGAGUAAGAGGUGGCCCCUGCCCAACAGCCUUUGCCUGGAGGCCCCCGCCUGUCUGUGUCUGUCUGUUGCUCUGUGUCUCUUGUAGCCCAGGCCCCCUUGCAUCUCGGCCUGCGUCCCCUUGGCCAUCCUGGAGAGGUGAUGGAGCAGGGCUGGGUCUUAGGCCUCCUCAUCUCCAACUGCAGAUAGAGGUAGCUUUUCCUUCAAGAAGGGGCUUCUGGAUUUCCUGGUGCCCCCCCCCCCCACCGCCGUGGCUUUUCCCUGCUGCCUUCUCUCCCCUCUGGUGUCCCCUCCUCCACUAAGUGAGGAGCUGUGUUUUGGUCACAGAGUCACAGAGGUGGCAUGGGGCUGGGAAGGUGAUCUUUGAGAGCAUGGGCUCUGGUCAUCCCGGCUUCUCAGGUGAGCCUGGGCCAAGCAGGGGGUGGGUGGCUGAGCUCUGGACACCUUCCCAUUUUGCCUGCUCUCCCUGCUUUUCUCUCCCUGGCAUUGAAUGGAGGGACUGGAUACAGCAAGAGAAAGAUGACUCGGCCCCGAGGCAUCAGAGCAGGUGCCCGGGGCCCCCGCUGAGCCCAUGACAGACCCAGGGUGGCCCCGCUUCCCCAGUGGUUCUCCUGAUCACCUGCCCCCUUGACUUGUGAUUCCACCAUGAAGGCUAAAAUGGUCCCUCUUGUUUACUUAUGAAAGGCACAUGCCCCUGGCGCUUUUACCCUUCGCUCUGUCCUGUGGUUGUAUAAACUCGUGAGGACUAAACCUGUUCUGUGUGCCUCUCUGA